AUGUGUCAACUUCUCAACCAGUCGCCGGACGAAGAAAAUCAAAACCUCUGCGGGAAAUUGAUUUCAAUAAAUAUUCCAUUAUGUCUGUAUGAUGCCAACUUUGGUGAUGAAUUUGAGUGGAUACAUGAAGCAUACUGGCAUGAGGAUAAUAUCAAGACAUUACAGCAGCUUUGGGCAGAGCAUUCCAUCAAGGCUACAAUGCUGAAGAAAAUGUUGGAAGAUCUAGACAAAGCUAAGGUUGAAACAGAGUGUGAUAUAGCACCAUGGUCUGACUUGAGUCCCCCAGUUCUGCACCAGGCAGAUUGGAUUUUCCCAGAUAAAAGUAGAGUAUAUAGACCCCUAAUGGAACGGGAAAAGGGAGCAUUUACAGUGGAAGAAAAAAUCGAGAACUUUGCAAAGAAACGUAAACUGAACCCUGACAGCGAGAAAGAUUCUACUGACAAGGAAGGGGAAUGAUGGAAGGUUUUUCCUAGGGAAGUACCAUCAGCAACAGUACUGCAGCGUGUUUGGUUUCUCUCCGCUGGAGUCGAGUUACCUGAGCGUAUUGGCUGAGAAGAUAUCAUGGGGGACAACUGUAAACAAGAUUGUAAAAGGUUAAAAACUGCCAUUAUUGACAAAGUUGCACAAUAUUUUGUGUUUUGUCUAGUCUUUUGUUUACUGGAGCACAAAGGUGUGCCAAGCACACAUGGUCAGAAGCAGGCAGUAUCAUUGGAACACUUAUCCAACAUUAAAUCUACACAUUUGGCUCAGAUAGAAUUUCCAUUAUUGACAUAAUUCUAUAUUCAAAUGCUAGUUUUUACUGUCUGGAGUCGAGGUGAUUUAAAUAAUGCAUGUGGUAAACCAGAGGUGUGCUUGUAGUUUUCAAUUUAGAUAUUUGUUUUAUUAAUUGAGUGCCAUCCGUAGUUUUCAGCCAUUGAUGGGCUUCCAUUAUGUACUGCAUUCAACUUUUGUGUAGGUCAUUGCCAUGUUAUUGGAGACUGAUGCUUACUUAUAUAUUAAAAAAUUUCACGGACCUCUCUCUUACAUAAGAACUAAAUAAUAUAUGACAGAGUUUUGAAAAUGAGUUUUGAGACCAGUCUUAUAAGUUUAUUUAACUAUUGGUCAGUUUUAGGAUGUUAUUCUGAAACAACCAAUCAGAAGUUAGAUUUUGUAGACUGGUUUUCAAACUUGGCUUUAUUACUGUGGAACCAGGAAGCAGCCUUAUGCUAGAUUAUGUAGACUUGUCUUCAAACUUGGCUUUAUUACUGUAGAACAAGGAAGAAUUCUUAUGCUAGAUUAAGUAGACUGGUCUUCAAACUUGCUUUAUUACUGUGGAACCAGGAAGCAGUCUUAUGCUAGAUUUUGUAGACUGGUCUUCAAACUUGCUUUAUUACUGUAGAACAAGGAAGCAGUCUUAUGCUAGAUUAUGUAGACUGGUCUUCAAAUUUGCUUUAUUACUGUGGAACCGGGAAGCAGUCUUAUGCUAGAUUUUGUAGACUGGUCUUCAGACUUGCUUUAUAACUGUGGAACCGGGAAGCAGUCUUAUGCUAGAUUUUGUAGACUGGUCUUCAGACUUGCUUUAUUACUGUGGAACCGGGAAGCAGUCUUAUGCUAGAUUUUGUAGACUGGUCUUCAAACUUGCUUUAUUACUGUGGAACCGGGAAGCAGUCUUAUGCUAGAUUUUGUAGACUGGUCUUCAGACCUGCUUUAUAACUGUGGAACCAGGAAGCAGUCUUAUCACACAUUAAUACUGUACAAAAUGUUGCUGUUGCUUGAUCAUUUUUGGAAUUCAGCAAGUUUCGUCAUGAUAAUAAAUUCAUUUUGAUCUGCCUUAUUUUUAAUGGAAAAAAUGGAAAAUACACAAAUGUUCUAGAUCAUUCUAUAAAAAACGUAUUUUAUAAUGUUAUUAUUUUAUCACAUAUCUUGCUGUCAGUGUAGUUAACCUUAGAUUGCUUUUAUAUUAUCAUUAGAUGACAUAUAUUUAACUAGUAACCCUUAAUUAGUGGGUAAUCGACAAGAAUAUUUCCUAAGGCAAUGAGAACAGUAUUUCUGAGAGAAUAUUAGGUGUCAGAUGUAGAUAUAAAAUAAUAAGAUAUAUUUUGUAUAAAUAUGUAUAGAUAUGUAUAAAGGAUUGUGCUUAUAUUUUGAUAUGGGCGAGCAAUAUUGUCUCAUGUUGUUUUCCUUUAAAUAUUCUCGAAGUAAAUAAUGCAGUUUAUAUAUUAAUCUAGUCAGUGGUAUUUUGUAAAAGUGCUAUUGUUUUUAAUUCUUCCGAUGUAAUUAUUUACCAUUAAUAAUGACUUUUUGUUGCCAUUUAGAUAAAGGUGUAAUUUUGGUUAAAUAUUAAGUUUUAAAUCUAAAUCUUUUGAAUUUCUUGCAGCAUUUUCAAAGAUAAUGAAAAUAUGAUUUUUUCUGAACAAUACAUUUUUUUGGAGCCAGGAAGUAUGUUUAAGUGUAAAAAUAAAGUUUUAGAUUAUUUGUGCCCCACUGUCCUUGCUGAAUUUUGUUACAAAGUUUACUUCAGUUGAUACUUUUUUUCUUAACUGUAUGGUAAUACAUUCCAAGCUUCCAUCACUUAUAUAUGUAAGAGGGUAGCAAUUUUGAAUUUAUUUUGACACAUGUAAGUGUAAGAUUUA